AUGCCCAUCCCCUGGCACAGAUACAUCCCAAACGCACUUCAAACGCCUGGCAGGGGCCCCCUCCUGCCUAUUGCAGAAGUGCGAGAGAGCCCGACACCCCAUGGCACUCCUCUUCCGCAAGACGACAGCUUUCAAAAUGGCUUCUACGACAGAGUCGUGGAGCCACAACAGCGCCACGAUGAUGCCAGCUCAGAGAGAACCCCCCCUUCACCGGGCGGCGAGGAGCUGUAUGCCGAACUUGGAGAGGACGACAUUUGCCCACAUGAAAUCGAUCCGGAGAAAGCUGUUCUCGGUGCUCUCGAUGAGGAUGAUGAUCAGAUCCGGCCCAUUCAACAGCAGGGCAAGUUCCUCUUCAGCGAUCCGUUCGCUGACGGUAAUGAACUGCCACCCUCAACCAGCUCUGACGGCUCCGUGAAAAGCAUUCACGGUGCUAGUCCAGGUCGACGAGAUUCUACACUCCCGGAACGCGUACGGAAUUUCUCAUUGCCAGUCAAUAUCGUGAAUCCAAAGGGCCUAACAUGGAUUCCCGACCCCGAGACAUGGCCGGCCUACGACGACGCAAUCUUUGGUGGCACCAUCAGACCAAAGAGUAUGAGAACGAUGUCCACGAUUAGUGUGAAAAGUGAGUACCCGCAAAUCGUCGAACCAAAGGAUCCCGCAAGAAAGUUAUCACCCAACAAUCUCUUCUUUCAACGCUGUCUAUUCUUCGGUACCAUCAUCGGGCUCAACGCGGGGUGCUUGUUCGCUGCUCUGUUUGGUCAUCAGGGGACAUGGGUCUUCGUUUUCAUCCUUUUGGUGAAGAGCAAGGACGUCUUGUCGUCCGUCCUCUCUCCAACAUGCAUGCUAUGCCGCGCGAUAUAUCAUUUAUUUAAGCCGCCUAAGGAAGUGCCAACGAAAUGGAUUCUGUCACUGAUACCGGCAUAUUCCGAGAGUGAGGAGCAGAUUGUCAAGUGCAUUCUCUCACUACGGGACAAUGGCGUCGAACCCCACAGGCAAAUCAUGUGCGUCGUGCUGGAUGGCAAGUCCCGAGAUAUCAAGUCGCACUUCACUCAUACGAUUGCCAGCUUUGAAAGACCGUACGUUUCUUUCAAACACAAAUUGGGCGAUCUCGUGGUCGAUGCGGGCUUCAUCGAAGACGUGCCUGUCAUUGUGAUCGAGAAGAAGAGGAAUGGUGGCAAGAAGGAUUCAUUGAUUCUCGCGCACGAUCUGUUCAACUAUCCGCGAGAGAGUAUGCCUUUGUACACCAGACUCUUGCGUGAUGAGGUCUGGGAGCAUCUUCUACCACUUUUGACAGAGGACUACGUGUUUGAAGGGUUCGACAUGGUCUUUUGUACGGAUGCAGAUUCUGUAAUACACCCUGGCGCGCUGAAAUCGUUGACCGAUGCGCUUGCUCGAAAGGAAAGCGCCAUCGCCGCCUGUGGCUUGGUUCUUGUUGAAUUAGAGCCUGGCUAUGAGUGGUCGAUGUGGAAUCUAUACCAGCAAUUUCAGUAUACAUUCGGCCAAUACGUGCGCCGCCGAGCUGAACACUUCUGGGGCAAAGUGAGCUGUCUUCCGGGGUGUAUCACCAUGAUCAAAGUGCGACCUGAAUGUGCGGGAGCCAUCGAAAAGUACGCCGAAGCCAUUACCGUCAUGCCCGUCCUCCAUCAUCAGGUCCAGUACUUGGGCACCGACCGACGUCUGACGUAUUCGAUGUUGUCGCAGAGCAAGAAACUCACCACCAUCUUCGUGCCGGAAGCGGUCAGCGAGACCGUGGCGCCCCGGUCGUUGAAACAUUAUCUCAGCCAGCGCCGGAGAUGGGGAUCAAACGCUUACUUCAACAACUACUUCUACAUGAUGGGCCACAACAUGAUCGCCAUCACACGCUGUGCGGCAUUUGUCGAAAUUCUGCGUCUCAGCAUGGUGUAUUACCGCUUUUGCAACACCAUAUUGCUGAUUAAGUUCAUCAUUGAGGAAGUCCUUCGUGGCACCUUCGACACUAUGAAGCUCAUUCCGCUAUUGUGUGUCAGCCAGUUGCCGUUGGUGUGGUACGUCGUCAAUGUCAUCAUCGAAAAGCCGUUGCGGGUAAGGGCGCAUAAACUCCUGCUGGGAUUUUGUAUCAACAAGUUCAUUUCGCCACUCAUCUCUAUGACGACGUUUUUCAAUGUCCUCCGCAACGUCGGGUCGCAAGUAUGGGGCAUGUCUGGCGUCACGGCCACAUCAGUGGCUGCUGCCAAUGCUAAGGAUCCAGCCAUCACAAUCCCGACCGUGGAAGUUCCAGCAAUACCUAUUUCUACCGCAGGUCCGGGCGAUGAAAAGACCCUCGUACCCGCCGCUGCUGUGCCGGGAGAAGCAGCUGCCGUGAUCGCUCGGGACAGGAGUGGCUCUGUGCCUACUGUUACGGUGCCCGCUAUUGCCGUCCGGACCGAUGCAGUCCCAGUCGUCUCAGCGCCUGAAACGACAGUGUCGCCCACCGCAAGGCGGGUGUCCUUCGCAGAGUUUCCGGUUAUCCUCGGGCCUGAAGCGGCAGCCACUGCAAGGCGAGUCUCUUUUGCCGCGUUCCCUGUCAUCGUCGAGCCCGAACCGGCUGCGUCACCCUCUGGAAGGCGGUUUUCGCAUGCAUGA